AUGGCUCGUGCUGCUCUCCCUCUCCUGCUGGGUCCCCUUCUCCUGGCACCCCUCUGGGAGGUCUCCACUGCAGGGUCCCUCUUGAGCCGGCUGGGGGACCACGUCCGAGAAGUACAGGCUAGGUCGGGCCAGAGACUGGGGGAUCCGAGUUCGGUGACGGGGGGCUGGCUCUGGCAGCCGCUGGAUCCUUUUAAUAGCUCCGACCCACGCUCCUUCCGCCAGAGAUACUGGGUGAAUGUCGGACACUGGAGGCCCCCCGAUGGUCCUGUUUUCCUGCACAUCGGGGGUGAAGGCAGCCUUGGGCCAAGCUCUGUGUUGAAAGGUCACCCUGGGGCCCUGGCCCCGCACUGGGGCGCCCUGGUCCUAUCCCUGGAGCACCGGUUUUAUGGCUGGAGCAUCCCCCCGAGGGGGCUAGAGGAGGCUCAGCUCCGCUUCCUGUCUAGCCGCCAUGCCCUGGCUGACGUGGCCUCCGCCUGCCUCCGCCUCUCUGGAAUCUACAACAUCUCAGCCUCCAGUCCUUGGAUCGCUUUCGGAGGGUCCUAUGCCGGCUCCCUGGCGGCCUGGGCCCGGCUGAAGUACCCCCACCUCAUCUGGGCAGCCGUGGCCUCUUCUGCUCCUGUGCAGGCCCAGCUGGACUUUUCCAGUUACAAUCGGGUGGUAUCCAGAAGCCUGGCAGACCCAGCAGUGGGGGGGUCCCCCAAGUGCCAGAGGGCCGUGGCCCAGGCCUUCUCAGAGCUAGAUGACCGCCUGUCUGAGGGCAACGAGACUCGGGCUGCGCUGCAAUCAGAGGUAAGGGCGUGUGGGUCCCUGGAGGCCCCUGAGGAUCAGGCUGAGCUCCUGGAGCAACUGGAGGGGCUGGUGGGGGGAGCUGUGCAGUAUGACCAGCAGGUAGGAGCUCCUCUGGACGUGAGAGGUCUCUGCCACCUCAUCCUGGCCAAGCAGAGCAGAGGGCCCCUCUCAGGACUCCGGGACGCCAUCCAGCUUGUGCUGCAGACUCUGGGCCUCCCGUGCCUACCCAGCUCAAAGGCAGCUGCCCUGGCUGAACUGAGGGAUACCAGCCCACAGGCUACGAGCCUGGGCUACAGGCAGUGGUUCUAUCAAACGUGUACAGAGUUUGGAUACUACGUCACCUGCAAGGAUCCCGGCUGCCCCUUCUCCAGGCGCAAGACGCUGUCCGCCCAGCUUCAGCUGUGUGCUCAGGUGUUUGGGCUCUCGCCCACCUCUGUGGCCCAAGCUGUGAACUGGACCAACACCUACUAUGGUGGCCGGAGCCCAGGGGCUACCCGUGUACUCUUUGUCAAUGGGAAUAUUGAUCCUUGGCAUGUGCUGAGUGUGCUCCAGGCCCUUGGCCCCUCAGAGCCAGCCAUGCUCCUGAGGGGCACAUCCCACUGCUCGGACAUGGCCCCACCCCGGCCUUCAGAUCCUCCCGGCCUACACCUAGGGCGCCAGAGGAUUGUCCAGCAGCUCGAGGUCUGGCUCCAGGAGGCAAAAGUCGAUCUAGGCAGUCCUGGUGAUCAAUGA